AUGGACAACUUCGGACUGGGCGGAGCGGAGCUAAGCAAGGGGCAGAUAUUCCAGGUACUGGUUCGCCUGUCUGUGGCCUCGCUGAUCACAUAUUAUUCGGUGAAAUGGAUGAUGAACCAGAUGGAUCCGACCAGUAAAAACAAGAAAAAGGCCAAAAUUCUGGCUGAGGAGCAGCUAAAGAGGCUGGCCGAGCAGGAGGGCUUCAGGCUAAAAGGGCAAGAGUUUAGCGACUACGAGCUUAUGAUUGCGUCACAUCUUGUUGUUCCCGCCGACAUAACAGUCAGUUGGGCCGAUAUCGCCGGUCUGGAUGCAGUCAUUCAGGAGCUCCGGGAAUCGGUGGUGCUGCCGAUCCAGCACAAGGAUCUCUUCAAGCAUUCGAAGCUGUGGCAGGCGCCCAAAGGCGUCCUGCUCCAUGGGCCGCCGGGCUGUGGAAAGACGCUGAUAGCGAAGGCGACGGCAAAAGAGGCGGGAAUGCGCUUUAUCAACUUGGACGUCGCCAUUCUUACCGACAAGUGGUAUGGGGAAUCCCAGAAAUUGACUUCUGCUGUCUUCUCGCUUGCAUCGCGAAUCGAGCCAUGCAUUAUUUUUAUUGACGAAAUAGACUCAUUUUUGCGAUCGCGAAACAUGAACGACCACGAGGCCACCGCCAUGAUGAAGACCCAGUUUAUGAUGCUGUGGGAUGGCCUCAGCACGAACUCCAACUCGACGGUGAUUGUGAUGGGUGCCACGAACAGGCCGCAGGAUCUAGACAAGGCCAUUGUGCGCCGCAUGCCAGCCCAAUUCCAUAUUGGUCUGCCCUCGGAGACCCAAAGAAAAGACAUCCUGAAGCUGAUCCUCCAAUCGGAGGAGGUAAGUCAGGAUGUCGACUUGAAUCGCUUGUCCAAGCUCACAAAUGGCUUCUCGGGCUCAGACCUGCGGGAAAUGUGCCGGAAUGCUUCAGUUUACCGAAUGAGGCAGCUCAUCACGUCCAGAGAUCCGUCAGCUGCAGCGCUGGAUCGCAACAACGUCCGCAUCACCAUGGACGAUUUGCUGGGCUCGCACUUAAAAAUUAAGGAAUCAAAGAUGCACACGGGCAGCCUAUUCUUAGAGAAUAGAAUCGAAUUAGAUUAAGCUGACCAUUGUUUAUUCAAGCACCCGAUAUACCCAACUUAAAUUUGUAUAAUAAACUUUUUAUUUGCCUUUCGAGAGGAGCUCCAAUGUUAUGUGCUCGUCGUGAAAAAGGUUGCGUUAAUUAA